CAUAAGUUGUACCUAGUAUUUGUAUUUGACUUGUUGUAAAACAAUGACGACUUUGCUGAACUUGAACGUGAACACGAAAUUAAUGCUUGGCGUGUGUCCAAUGCUGGAGUUUUACAGCAACCCUCCGCCAGCGUUAUUCCAAGGUAAAUAGAAAACGGUAUCAAGCGAAUUUAUCAAAAUGACGACAGAAUGAACGUAUUUAUCCAGUCACCGGGUUAUCAAGGAUAUUUUCCAAACACAAAUGGCGGAGUAAUAACUGUUGAGAAAUACGAAGAACUUGAAGCGUGGGCUGAGAUGUUAUUAUCGAAACCAAGUCUACUAGAUGUACAUUGCAGACGCGCAAACACGAAAAACGACAAUUCAGAAGCUGACCAAAUCAUUCGGGAUGGUUAUUUUGCGGUGAUAGUGAAUCCAAACAAUCCACAAAUCAAAGGUCAGAUAGAGAAAGCACUCGAUGAAGCUAGGAGCGCUAUGAAAGCUGGCAAAAAAUUUGUCCUCACGUUUGACGUCAGGAACGCGAUCAGUGAUUGGUUUAUACAAAAUGUCAAAGCAGAUGUCAGAUGUCAGUAUGGCCGCCUUUUUGUCACGAAUCAUUAUGUUUAUCAAGAUAUUGAAGACAAAUUCUGUGGAACAACUGUUGAGAAAAUCGUCUGCUGUGGUUGUUUUCUCUGUGCUUGUUGUUUAUACACGUUUCACAGACUGAUACUUUGUUCCAAUAUAUCGGUAGAUGUGACGGGACAAGUUAUUCAAAUUAAUCUUGAGCCAGAGAAUACAACUGUAAUAGGCGAUUCCACUGUAAGUGACGUAAACGGAAAAAGUUCGUUCUUAAAGCAUCAAGCAUCUGUAAAAACAACGCAGGUCUUAUCGGUUCCACUUCAUGUUCCCAAGCCAGAAGAUGGAGAUACUAUUGACGGCAACGCAUCUCUAACCACGGACGAUAGUGUGAACCUGGUCAUGGAUGCUUAG